UGUGAGGAGGGCCAGCCGGGAGCUGGAGCCACCGAGGUAAAGCUCCUAGGCUCCGCCGAGUUCGCCGCGCCCGCUCCUCGCCUCUGCCGCCGCAGUUUCAAGCCGUUGCCACCACCGCCGCCUCUGCCGCCGGACGAACGGCCGCCUAUUGUCUUUCUCCGCGGCGAAGGUGCGGAGCUGCUCCGGCUCGGCCCGCGGGGGAGCCCCGGGCGCCUCACGUGUCCUGGGUCAUGAAACUUAAUCCACAACAAGCUCCAUUAUAUGGCGAUUGUGUUGUUACUGUACUGCUCGCUGAAGAGGACAAAGUUGAGGAUGAUGUAGUGUUUUACAUGGUAUUUUCGGGUUCCACCCUGCAUCACUGUACAAGUACUCGGAAGGUCAGUUCUGAUACGCUGGAGACCAUUGCUCCUGGUCAUGACUGCUGUGAGACGGUGAAGGUGCUGCUCUGUGCUUCCAAAGAGGGCCUGCCUGUGUUUGUGGUGGCGGAAGAAGACUUCAGGUUCAUCCAGGACGAGGCCUACGAUGCAGCCCAGUUCCUGGCAACAAGUGCUGGAAAUCAGCAGGCUCUGAACUUCACCCGUUUCCUGGAUCGGUCAGGACCCCCGUCCACGGACGUGAAUUCCCUUGAUGAGAAGGUUUCCCUGGCGUUCAGGCACCUGAAGCUGCCAGCGGAGUGGAAUGUGUUGGGAACAGAUGCAACUUCGCAUGAUGAUGGCCCCCGAGAGACAUUGAUGCAUUUUGCUGCGCGGCUGGGGCUGCUGAGGUUGACGUGGUUCCUGUUGCAGAAGCCAGGUGGCCGCGGAGCUCUCAGCAUCCACAACCAAGAAGGAGCGACCCCUGUGAGCUUGGCCUUGGAGCGGGGUUAUCACAAGCUGCACAGGCUUCUAACUGAGGAGGAUACUGGAGAACCAGACUCCUGGAGCAGUUUAUCCUAUGAAAUACCUUACGGAGACUGUUCUGUGAGGCAUCACCGAGAGCUGGACGUCUAUACGUUAACCUCUGAGUCUGAACCACACCAGGAACCCCCACUUCCUGGAGACAGUUGCACUGGACAUAUUUUUAAACUUAUGAACAUUCAACAGCAGCUAAUGAAAACAAACCUCAAACAGAUGGACAGUCUUAUGCCCUCAGUGGUAACAGCACAAGAACCUUCAAGUCUGCCCAGUGACCAAGAUACAGAUGGUCAGUUUCUUCCCUGUGCAUCAGAGCCCACAGCCAGCCAGCAGCUUGCUUCUCCUGAAGGUUCUGAGAGCUCUCAGUGCUGCCUUGGGAGCACUGUGGGGCAGAUUGAAAGUUCCUAUGAUUUGUCAAGUGUGGUUAAGGAAGAGAAUACAGACUCUUCCCGUAGGAAGAAAAAUAUAGGCAUGGAGAGAAAAAGAGACAAGGUGGAGCCAGCACCUAUCAUGGACUCUGGGACUACGUCUGAUCCUGACAGCUGCCGUCAGAGCAUACCUGAUUGCAAAGGAAAGGACACAGAAAGCCUUCCAUCCUGUGGAGUCAGAUGUGAAGAAACUGGAACAAAAUCUUCGGCAAUGGCCACAGACCAGGAGUCUCCAGGCAGUGGAGGCCGCGUCCUGCAGGGAGGCGUAGCCCUGGAGCCCGGCAUGGCCCAGUCUUUCUCUGGAGGUGAACUCAUGGUCCCUUCACCAGCAGGUGCCAGCGUCCCAGACACUGCAGGGGAAACGGAACGCAGUCUCUUGAACCCAGAGGCCACCACCCAGAGGAAUGUGCUUGCAGCAGGGGAGAGUAUGAAGGAAAGAUUUGAGGACUCUAAUAUCAGCACAGCUGGAGCCUCUGAUGUAAAAGUCACAGACGAGCCUAUGGAUAAAGCCAGCGUUCCAAACGGUGUCUCUGCCUCUGGCUCCCUGGUUGCUGACAAGCCUGCUGUGUCUUUACUUGUCGUUAGUGAUGAAGAAAUUGCCAUUGAUGAAAACACUGCAGAAACUGAAACUUCAAGAAGUUGUGAAGAGAGUGCUGAUGCUCCAGGGGCUCAGAACUCUCAGUUAAUUCUAGCUACUGCAAAAGAUGAGAUUUCAAAAGGUCUCGAACUUGACACUCCCUUAGCCAGCAUGUGUGUGGCGGUGUCACCCUCUGAUUUAACCUUUCCCAGGCUGCAAAAAGAUGUUAUGCCAAACCAGAAAUCAGAAACGGAUUCAUCUCAUGUUCAAAGCCAAAAUAGCAAAUCACCCAUGUGUUCUACAACUGGAGAUGAUAAACUUUGUGCUGCCUCUGCAUGUCGACAGAACACGGGGACUCCUAGUGGUGUGUUGGCUGUAGAACACUGUGAUGACAUAGUUACCCAGCCUGAAGGUACCACCACAGGGCUGUUCAACACACAACCACUGCCCACUGCCAGCUGCUCGGAAGGCCCACAGGCUAACACGGUCACCCCUGACCCUGAUAGAGACACCCAGGAACAUGUGGAUUUUUGUCCUCUCCAAGUUUUGGAUAAAGAAAGCCAAGGAAAAGAUUCAAAACUAGAAACAUCUUUAGUAAAUAUGCUUGAGGUAGUUCCACAUCCACAUGCUCUUGUCCCCAAAGCUGAGAAAGAACGGGUGUCAGACCAGGCAGUGACAUCAGGCAGGACUUUCUCUCUGACAGGCAGUCCUGGCAGUGAAUCAGUAACCAAAGAUGACGCACUUUCUCUUGUCCCCUCCUCCCAGAAUGAAAAAGGAACAGCAACUCUUGAACCACAUACAGAUUGUAGAGAUGGCCCAGAUGGAGAUUCGAAUGAUCUGGAGAAGCAGCCACCAGAAGACAGUGCAGCAGGCCUGUGCACACCCUCCUCUGCUCUAGAUCUUCAGCCCGGCAUGGGCAAUACCAGUCCCGUAGGACCUGGUGGGGAGUGUGAGCGUCCCUGCCUCUCAGCAGACCCUGAAGUCCUGAAUAUCGUCGAGGGGGUCACUGACUCUUCCCUGCUCCAUGUGGGUCAGGCCACUUUGGCCUCUGAUUCCGCUUUGACUGAAGAAGGGAAAGAUCAGGUGGUUCCAAAGAGCACUGCAGCUCAGGGACCAGAAGACAAGGAUAAAGCAGUGACCUAUUCCUCCAUUAAGGACAACACUCUUCAUUCAGGAAUGUUGCAGGAAGAGCCGAGAACACCACCUCCUGGACAAGAGGCCCCGGGAUUCCAUGAAGAACCUGGCUCAGCUGCCUGUGAUGAGGACAGAGCUCCUCGGAACGGUAAUUCACUGGGCACACCCUUGGCCUGUCUUCACGCAGAAACUAAACAUAACAAGGAAGUGGCCCCACCAGUUGCACAGCUGAUUGAAGGUGGGGCUGCACAGAGCCUGGUGCCACCAGGAGGAAGUCUGGCUGCAGACUCAAGCCCGGAGGCCUCAGGUACAGAGCAGCACAGCUCAUCUCCAUUGCCAAAUCUGUUACCAGAUGGGUUCGAGGUUCUUAAUUGUGAGCGAUCUUCUGCUCUGGAUGUUGAGGUGAAAAACACUCAGUCCCAGGGGAAGACCACUGCUUGUGAGGUGAGUGGAAAUGCAGCAUUGGAUGGUGCCGUGGUCAGUGCUCUGCAAGGCACCACUGGGGCCAGGAGAAAGGAUAUAGCACACAGCGCUCCAGACAUCCAGAUUCCACAAGUCUCUUCGAGCCAGGAGAAGAAUAUGACCCUGGGUUUGCCAGGAGCUUUACCGGACAAAGGUGUGACUGACCCUCAGGGCGCCACACCCCCAGAGGUCGUGUCCCUGGGUUGGGAGAAGGGGAAGGUGGGGGGAGCAGAUGGCAGCCGUAGCACAGGCGACUCCAAGGAGACACAUGUGGAUGAGGAAGCGCAUCACAUCCCGCCGCAGCCUGCUGCCAAAGAGCACCCCACAGAGACAGGGCUCUCAAGCCGUGGUGACAAGGCCCCAGGCAGGGGAGAGGAUGCUGCCCCUCUGCCCUGCACCAUCGCUGCCAAAGCCGUGCUUCUGCCUGAGACAGCAGCCUUGAUUGAGGAGGCUGCGAGUCGCAUAGUGGAUGCUGUCAUAGAACGAGUCAAGGCCUCGGGAGAACUGAUGACAGAGGGGGAAAUCAGACACAUGUCACUGCCCUGUCCUUCUGAGGCGGGCCCAGGGCCUGAACAGCUGGAGAGUGCUUCUGCAGGGAAGGCGAGUGCUUUCCAGCCUCAGGAGACCCCACCAAUGGGCAGUAGUCGUGGAGAAGCCUCUGGGGACCUUGCAGGAUGCUUUGCUGGAAGGGAGGAGCCAGAGAAGAUUAUUCUGCCUCUCCAGGGACCAACUCUGGCAACAGAAAUGCCAGACACGAAAGCUGAAGAUGAAGUGGAUUUUCUGAGUAAUACCAAGGAGAGUUCAGUUUCUGAAGAGGUGGCUGUAGGAAGCGUAGCUUCUACCCCGGAGGUGAAACAAGGCCCGAAGACCCAGGUGGCAUAUUCAGAUUGCAUUUUGAAAGGGGAUAUUUUGCAUAAUCCCAGGGAACCUGCUGGAGAUUCUUUUCCAUUCAAGAUCACUUUCAAAUUUUUGGCAUCAUUUUGUAACACACCAGGAAUUGAAACAUCGAUGACCCCUGGUCCCCACCUCCUCUCCUCUCUAACGAUAAACCGAGAAAGCUGGUGUACCAUUGAGCCAUGCCCAGAUGCAGCAUCUCUUUUGGUUCCCAUGCAGAGCCCAGAAUGUGAUAACUUCCUGGAUGUUGGAUUGGGCAGAGAGUGUGCCUCAAAACAAGGUGUCCUUAAAAGAGAAUCUGGGAGUGAUUCUGACCUCUUUCACUCACCCAGUGAAGAAGUGGACAGCAUUAUCUUCUCCAAGCCUGAGGAAGAACAGUUGGCCUGUGAUAUCACUGGAUCCAGUUCCUCCACCGAUGACACAGCGUCCUUGGAUCGACAUUCUUCUCAUGGCAGUGAUGUGUCCCUCCCCCAGAUUUCAAAUUUGAACAGGUCCAGAGACCAGCAAUGUCUUGAUGGUUUCUACAACCAUGGGGUAGGAGCUGAGGGUCGAGAGAGUGAGAGUGAACCUGCUGGCUCAGGUGAGAUGGAAGAGGAGGAGAUGGACAGCAUCACCGAAGUGCCUGCAAACUGCUCUGUCCUGAGGAGUUCUAUGCGCUCUCUGUCCCCUUUCCGGAGGCACAGCUGGGGUCCUGGGAAGAACGCAGCCAGUGACGCAGAAAUGAACCACCGGAGUUCAAUGCGAGUUCUUGGGGAUGUUGUCAGGAGACCUCCCAUUCAUAGGAGAAGUAUGAGCUGGUGUCCCUCUGGUGUGCAAUACUCUGCUGCCCUGAGUGCUGACUUUAAUUACAGAAGUUUCAGUCUAGAAGGCUUGACAGGAGGAGCUGGUAUUGGAAACAAGCCAUCCUCAUCUCUGGAAGUAAACUCUUCAAACACCAAAGAGCUCAGACACCCUUUCAGUGGUGAGGAAAGGGGUGACUCGUUGGUGUCACUUUCAGAAGAGGAUCUGGAAUCAGGCCAGAGAGAACAUAGGAUGUUUGAUCAGCAGACAUGUCACAGAUCUAAACAACAGGGAUUUAAUUACUGUACAUCAGCCAUUUCUUCUCCAUUGACAAAAUCCAUCUCAUUAAUGACAAUCAGCCAUCCUGGGUUGGACAAUUCACGGCCCUUCCACAGCACCAAUGCUAAUCUGACUGAGAGUAUAACAGAAGAGAACUUUAAUUUCCUGCCACAAAGCCCCUCCAAGAAAGAUUUUGAAGGGAAGAGUGGAACAAAAGUCAGUCGUACGUUCAGCUACAUCAAGAAUAAAAUGUCCAGCAGUAAGAAGAGCAGGGAAAAGGAAAAGGAGAAAGAUAAAAUUAAGGAGAAGGAGAAAGAUGCCAAGGAGAAGGAGAAGGACAAGAAGACUCUGAACGGGCACACUUUCAGUUCCAUCCCUAUCGUGGGUCCCAUCAGCUGUAGCCAGUGCACGAAGCCUUUCACCAACAAAGACGCCUAUACUUGUGCAAGUUGUAGUGCUUUUGUCCACAAAGGCUGUAGAGAAAGUCUGGCCUCCUGUGCAAAGGUCAAAAUGAAGCAGCCCAAAGGGAGCCUUCAAGCACAUGACACAUCUUCGCUGCCCACGGUCAUUAUGAGAAACAAGUCCUCCCAGCCCAAGGAACGCCCUCGGUCCGCAGUCCUCCUGGCCGAUGAAACCACUGCCGCCCCCAUGUUUGCUAACAGACGGUCCCAGCAGAGUGUGUCGCUCUCCAAAAGUGUCUCCAUUCAGAACAUUGCUGGAGUUGGCAAUGAUGAGAACAUAUCAAACACAUGGAAAUUCCUGUCUCAUUCAACAGACUCACUAAAUAAAAUCAGCAAGGUCAAUGAGUCAACAGAGUCCCUUACUGAUGAGGGAGUAGGUACAGACAUGAAUGAAGGGCAGCUAAUGGGAGACUUUGAGAUUGAGUCCAAACAGCUGGAAGCAGAGUCCUGGAGUCAGAUAGUGGACAGCAAGUUUCUGAAACAGCAAAAGAAAGAUGUGGUCAAACGUCAAGAAGUGAUUUAUGAGCUGAUGCAGACGGAGUUCCACCACCUCCGCACACUCAAGAUCAUGAGCGACGUGUACAGCCGUGGCAUGACGGCCGACCUGCUCUUCGAGCAGCAGAUGGUGGAGAAGCUCUUCCCCUGUUUGGAUGAGCUGAUCAGUAUCCACAGCCAGUUCUUUCAGAGGAUCCUGGAGCGGAAGAAGGACUCACUGGUGGAUAAAAGUGAAAAGAACUUUCUCAUCAAGAGGAUUGGGGAUGUGCUUGUGCACCAGUUUUCAGGAGAGAACGCAGAACGCUUAAAGAAGACAUACGGCAAGUUUUGUGGGCAGCACAACCAGUCUGUAAACUACUUCAAAGACCUCUAUACCAAGGAUAAGCGUUUUCAGGCCUUUGUGAAGAAGAAGAUGAGCAGUUCAGUCGUACGGAGGCUUGGAAUCCCAGAGUGUAUAUUGCUUGUAACCCAACGGAUCACCAAAUACCCGGUUUUGUUCCAAAGAAUAUUGCAGUGUACCAAAGACAGUGAAGUGGAACAGGAAGAUCUAGCUCAGUCCCUGGGCCUGGUGAAGGAUGUGAUUGGAGCUGUGGACAGCAAAGUGGCGAGUUAUGAAAAGAAGGUCCGUCUCAAUGAAAUUUAUACAAAGACAGAUAGCAAGUCGAUCAUGAGAAUGAAGAGUGGUCAGAUGUUUGCCAAGGAGGAUCUGAAGCGGAAGAAGCUUGUGCGGGAUGGGAGCGUGUUUCUGAAGAGCACAACAGGGAGGUUGAAAGAAGUUCAAGCGGUCCUGCUUACUGACAUUUUAGUUUUCCUUCAAGAAAAAGACCAGAAAUACGUCUUUGCGUCAUUGGACCAGAAGUCAACGGUGAUCUCCCUAAAGAAGCUGAUUGUAAGAGAGGUAGCACACGAGGAGAAAGGUUUGUUCCUAAUCAGUAUGGGGAUGAAAGAUCCAGAGAUGGUGGAAGUCCACGCCAGCUCCAAAGAGGAGCGGAACAGCUGGAUUCAGAUCAUCCAGGACACGAUCAGCACCCUGAACAGAGAUGAAGAUGAAGGAAUUCCUAGUGAGAAUGAGGAAGAAAAGAAGAUGUUGGACACCAAAGCUCGGGAGUUAAAAGAACAACUUCAGCAAAAGGACCAGCAGAUCCUACUCUUACUGGAAGAGAAGGAGAUGAUUUUCCGGGACAUGACUGAGUGCAGCACUCCCUUGCCAGAGGAUUGCUCCCCAACUCAAAGCUCUAGGAUCCUCUUCCGAUCCAACACAGAAGAGGCUCUCAAAGGAGGGCCUUUAAUGAAAAGUGCCAUAAAUGAGGUGGAGAUCCUUCAGGGUUUGGUGAGUGGAAGCCUGGGAGGCACACUUGGGCAGGCUGUCAGCAGCCCUGUUGAACAAGAAGGCAUGGUAGGCCCCGUUUCCUUGCCCCGGAGAGCAGAGACCUUUGGAGGAUUUGACAGCCAUCAGAUGAAUGCUUCAAAAGGAGGUGAGAAGGAAGAGGGAGAUGAUGGCCAAGAUCUUAGGAGAACAGAAUCGGAUAGUGGUCUGAAAAAGGGUGGAAAUGCUAACCUGGUAUUUAUGCUUAAAAGAAACAGUGAGCAGGUCGUCCAGAGUGUCGUCCAUCUCCAUGAGCUCCUCAGCACUUUGCAGGGGGUGGUGCUGCAGCAGGACAGCUACAUCGAGGACCAGAAGCUGCUGCUGACCGAGCGGGCGCUCACGCGGACGGCGUCGCGGCCCAGCUCCCUCAUCGAGCAGGAGAAGCAGCGCAGCCUGGAGAAGCAGCGCCAGGACCUGGCCAACCUGCAGCGGCAGCAGGCGCAGCACCUGGAGGAGAAGCGGCGGCGCGAGCGCGAGUGGGAGGCCCGCGAGAGGGCGCUGCAGGAGCGCGAGGCGCGGCUGGCACAGCGCGAGGACCAGCUCCGGCGUGGCCGCCAGGACCUGGAGCGCGAGCACGACGAGCUGCAGCAGAGGAAGGUCGCCUACCAGAGUGACUUGGAGCGCCUGCGCGCCGCCCAGAGGCAGCUUGAGCGUGAGCAGGAGCAGCUGAAGCGGGAGGCCGACUGGUUCAGCCAGAGGCCCGCCGACUGUGACGUCGGACAGGUUUCACAUCAACACACCAAGCUGCUGAGGAUCCCAUCCUUCCUUCCGAAUCCUGAGGAGACCCUCUUGCCACCAGCACCUUCUGUAGCCAAAUCAGGGUCAUUGGACUCAGAACUCUCAGUGUCCCCAAAAAGGAACAGCAUCUCUCGGACACACAAAGAAAAGGGGCCUUUUCACAUACUGGGUUCCACCAGCCAGACAAACAGAGUACCAGAGGGUCAGAGCCAGACCCCAGUGUCCACGUCCACCCGCCUGUUUGGGUUAGCUAAGCCAAAGGAAAAGAAGGAGAAAAAGAAGAAGAACAAAGGAAGCCGCUCGCAGCCCGGUGAUGGCCCUGCAUCUGAAGUACCUGCAGAGGGGGAGGAGAUCUUCUGCUGACCCCGUUCCUCUCCGAGGCAGCCGCUCCUGUCCCACCACGGUUACAGCCCCAACCCCUACUGUCCUGUUCGCGCACUCUCCUACACUGAUGCCUGUGUCCUGCGGCGCCCAGCCCUCCCGCACUGCCCAGGUCCUGGACCAGAGGAACAACUGGUCUUGGGGGUCAGGGUGGGGAAGGAGGCUCAGGAUUGGCAACCCAGCGCCUCUCGGGUUGGGGCCAGCCCUGCUGGAUGGUGGAUGUUACACCAAGAGUAGUGGCCCCAGAAGUCCAGGCGAUGGUUUUGGACAUGUCAGGAAUUCCUAGAGGCUGAAAGAAUGUUUCCAAAUGCUGUCUGAGACUCUUAUGCCUUUUAUUUUGGGGAACAGAACCAAAAAUCAAACAACAGAUAGUUUGGACAUCAUCUGAACACGUACAGUAGCCCAUCUGCACAUACACGUGGAGUGCACCAGAACUGUGCACGGCCUAUACCAGAUGCCUGCUGGGCUCAGCUCAAGCCCCUCACGAGGAGCACUGCCCGCCACUGCUCAGGGAGCGCGCACUCAGAGCCUCACCCACUAGCCCUCCCAGGCCGUCUCCCAGUAAACUCACCCCAUGCACGCCUCACCCCUUUUCGCGUGUAUUUCUCAUUUCACUUCAGAAGGGACGGCAAACAUUUGUGAGAACCAGUGAGAGAAGGCUUGAUGUCUUUAAAAAGCAGAUGAUCUUGAAACACCUUGAUUUUGGUGUUUCAGUCACUUUAAAAAGAAAAAAUGUAUCUAAUUUUAUCAAGUCUAAAAGAAAUCAUAUAUUGGCUUUCCAAGAUGUGUGCCCACAUGUUCUGGGCACAGACGAAGUAGAGAGGCCUCCUCACCAUCACCCCUGUGGCGUGACACUUUUUGGUUGUCACUGGCCAUUCAGCAGUGGCCAUGGCCUCCUGGCAGUAUUCCUGAGACCUCGAGGUGCCUCCCCAGGGAAGCUGCUCCUGCCUAGCAGUCGCCGUGGGAGAGGGUGGCCCCAUCCGCACUCCACCCGUGCAGAGACCGCCUGCUUCUCCUGCCAGGGGGUGCCCACCCUGUACUAGGCAGCUGGCCGAAAAGCAGGUUCAGAUGGGUGUGUUAGGCCCAUAUGAAGUGGUUCCCACCAGUACAGACCGAGAGAAGAGCUGGCCAGAAGGUAUGUCUUGGAAAGUUCUAUCAGGAGGCCUGGCAAAAUUUGAUUUCUUUGAAAAGUUUUAAAAACGAAAGGCCUGUUGGUUAUUGUACUCUACCCCUUGAAGAAUCCACAGAUGCUGCCUGUUUGUUCUUUUCCUUCUCUCUUUUUCUUGUCCCACUGUGUUUUGAUCUGUAUUCCUUGAGGCUUGUCACCAGCGGGGAGGUGCAGGAUGUUUCUCCCUGAGGCCCCUGCACCUGCCACACUUGUUAACCCCCCAGGAGGGGAAACCCUGGAAAAUUCUGUGCUUUAAAUGUGGUCUUUGAUUCCUGCCUUUUGCCCCUCAGGAGCAUGGGUCUUUGAACACUUUUUAAAAACAAAAAAAUCUGUAACUUGGUGCUUGUUGAUGAAUUGCAAGCUGGCCUUGCAGAUGGAGAUAUUUAUCUUUCAGUUUAUUUGAAAGAGGUCUGGUUUAAAAUUUUUAGCUUAGAUUUGUUUUAUUUAUUUGUGUGUUGUGUGCAUGUGUGUAUGUGUGUGUGUUUUAAGGGUGAACACAACAGCCCAACGGUUUCAACUGUCCAGUCAAGCAGCCGGUGCUGCUUCCUUACUCCCCCGUGUCUGUCAAAGUGCCUCGAAGGCCCAAAGGAAAAUUAAGGUUGGGGGAGGGGUCCAUUUCCUUCCCUCCUCCCACCCUCACCUCAUACUUUGAUCAAGGGAUGUCUUCUUCCUUGCUUGAGAGUUAAGAAACUUGCCACCCAUGGGCUACAUUUGCCUAGUUUUGUCAUGGAGAUUUCUUACCCUUCAGAAACACACCUUGAGCAGAACCAGCUGAUUUUCUAUUGAACCUUAAUGUACUACCCCACCUCGCCCCCCGACAGAGACCCUAAACAGCAAACGGUUAGGUUGAUUCCUGCCGCCAGUCCGUACAGCUCAGCUUGAGUACAGCCAGCCUGUCAUGCCUUUCUCAGAUCCACAGGGAGCUCAGCCGUCUCUCCCUGUCACUGGCUCAGGUUCACCUCUGUGGGUCCCCGUCCCACAGAGAGAAGCUCUGCUGAAGAGGGGUGGGGCUGGUGAAUGAGGACCUGCAUCCUCCUUCCUCUGUCCGUGUAGGCCGGGCCUCCCUGUCUCUGGGCUUGAAACUAGGGCUCAGUGCUGAUGGGAUUUGCCUUAACACAGGCUCUUCACAAAAAGCACCCUGGACGCUGAGUUUCUGUAUAUAGCUGCACAGGUGGCUUUCAACUUUAAACGGUCUUUUACUCCCAACUAGUUGUGAAGUUUCGGUUGCCUUGAUUAUUCGGUGGUAGUUUUUUAAAGUGGUGAUUUCCCCUUCACUUGCACCCCACUAACUUAAAAUACUUUGGUCAGCUUGUGGUUGGACAAGUUUAGAAUCAGAAUCAGAAGACAUCUCCCCCAGAACAGUGUGCGGUGCAGAGAGAGAACCAUUUACCUGGACCCGUGCUUUUCCAUGCCUUCGUCCUCUCUCCCCCUUUGAUAAGGAACUCGGGGAUUUUGUUGUUGCGCUUGGGGAACCAACCACCUGGGAUUGUUGCUGCUCCUGCUUUUGCUGAUGGCCUUGAGGUCUCCUCUGACCUUGAGGCCUGUCCUGGUUACUGAGGUGUCCUUCAUGUGAGAAGGGGCUGUCUCCUGGGACAGCUCAGACUCAAUUCUCCACAGUGUCCCCACGCUAGGGGCCGUGCUUCUCUAGCUUCAGAAAUCAGAUGCCUGGCCUUCCUUGUGUUUAGGUUUUGGGGGACAGAUGGAAACACCAUCCAGAGUUCCAGAAUCUCGUGAGUUGCCUGGAAGGAGGCUGCAUCUUCUCUCAAAACUUCCAUCAUCUCAGUGGUCGUCAUCCCAGUCGGGUGGCAUAUGCACUUUAAACGCUCUCUACAGUCAGCUUCACUUUCGGGACCAUCAACUAUGCUAACAGUAUGAAGAGGGUUAAAAACAGGCAGAUUGCCAUAAUUCAGCCUUUGCCAACAUUCCAUCCUCAGCCCCCAUGAGAGCUGUCUGUGGGGAAGAAAUCCUUAUCAAGACUUUUUUUUUUGGAAAGGUACGAAUCUUACCUUUUUUCCUCUCAUGUCUCAGGGUAAUACCACUAAAAGUUGUUCCUUUGCUAAUAUUCUCCCUUAUUUGUUAUCUUCCCAAGACCCUAGUAUUAGCAGUAGUGAGCACACAUUUUUAAGAUCCUUGGGCUUUGUUGUACCUUUAUUUGGAGAGUGGGUGUUAGUGUGUAGGGUUUAUAACUAGGCCCCGCCUUAAAUAAAAGGUAGCACCAUAACCUUAGGGGCCAGAACUCCAUCCCGAAGGUACCGUUCACAGAAGUACUUUAUAUUUCAUCCAUUGGUCACAAAGUUCUUUUUCCAUAGCCGGUUCUUUCUCCCCAAGGAUUUGGUAUCGGCCUUGGAGCGGCAGUUGUUGAUACAGCGUUGUUGGGGGGGCCAGUUGUGCCCAGAGGACAGCUAAGCCCAGGGACUGGGGUGGGAGUGCGUUGAGAGAGACGGUCCUGGUGAGUGGGCUUCAGCAGCCAUGAAGAGGGUGGCUUGGAGGGGACCCCAGACACUGCCAAGGGGUGUGGACACACUUGGAAUGUGGAAGCCCAGAAAGAACCCUUCCAAUUCCACGGUGGCAGUGGUUGAGGGAUGUGUGCCUUGCCUUCCUGCAGCGGGACAGUGUGGCACACACACCUGUGGUCCUGGGGUCACAGCCCCACCUGGUGCUGUUUCUCCGAUUGACCCUCGGAGACAAGGAAAGGGGCAAAGAGAUUGUUUUGGUUCGGUUCUUCAUUUUCUUUUUCUUUCCAUGUAGCGUAACAUUCCUAGUUAACCGGAGCUUUGGGAUCUACUGCCUGCUGGCCAGGUUUUAAAGUGAAAAGUCUUUUAGUGCUGCCGUAAGAGGGAAAAAAACAAAGGCUUCUUUCCAUGUAUCAAUCGGAUUUAAUUUGUCAAAAGCUCGACAGGCCUUGAGUGAGUUCUCCAUCUUGCUAAGGUUUAAAGACAGGCAGACCCAGCUGGCUAAAGUCUCCUGCCGCAGACGGUGACAGCCUGCUCCAGGCACCCAGGCUGAGCCCAGUCUCUGCUCACCCCAGUGUUCACCCUGCUUGAAUGCCUCUGCCUUUUGUGACCACCUGCCAGGAUGGGCAGCUCCAGAGCACUGACAGGGGCUUGCCUGGUCAGCUGGCCCACGGUCGCGGUUUAGCCUGAGGUUUCUGGCGUGUUGCCCCGCCGGGUGUGCUGGGGACACCAGGACAUGCAGGAGGGUGAUUACCAUGCACCUUAUAUCUCUGCUCUCGUCUGUUGUCCUCAAAUGCUAAAUGAACGUUACAGAUGCUGUAUAUUAAUUUGUAAUUAUGUAUAAAGUGAAGCAGUUUUAAACUGUAAAGAUUUUUUCAGUGUGUUUUCUGGAAUUCUGCCACAACAUACUGGCUUUGUAUUUUAUUUAUCUUCCUUUCUGGUUAGCGGCUUCUGACCCUUGUAAAGUUCCCCUCCACCCUUUCAAAAAAAAUAAUAAAU